UUUAAUAAAAUAGAUUAAAUAUAAAAUAUAAAUCGAAUGUCAAUAAGAGUACUUAUGAUGGCGUCAGUGAAAAAAUAACUUUUGUAAACAUUAGUGUGAAUAGUUAAUUGUUUUCAACUAUGAUGAAAACAUAUUUCAAAUAAAAUUCAUUACAAUAUUUUAUUAUUAAUAUAUAGUAAAUUAAGUAUUCAAAAAAAUGGCUGAUAAUACAACAAACCAGGGAAUACCCAGGAUAAUGGUCUUUCGACCUACUUGGGAAGAAUUCAAAGACUUUUCGAAGUAUGUCGAACAUAUGGAAUCAAAAGGUGCACAUAAAGCCGGUUUGGCUAAAGUAAUACCACCGGCUGAAUGGGUGCCACGCAAAAGUGGUUAUAAAUUGAGCGAUUUAAAAAUCACGAUACCUGCACCUAUAUGUCAAGUGGUUACCGGGAAACAAGGAUUGUAUCAGCAGAUAAAUAUUCAAAAGAAAUCGAUGACUGUACAACAGUAUGCAGAUUUAGCGAAUUCAGAGAGAUAUAAUACACCAAGACAUUUUGACUAUGAAGAUUUAGAACGUAAAUAUUGGAAAAAUAUUACGUACGUAGCGCCAAUUUAUGGGGCAGAUGUUUCUGGAAGUUUAACAGACCCAACCGUUAAUGAAUGGAAUGUGAAUCGGCUAGGAACAAUUUUAGAUUAUGUUAAUCAAGAUUAUGGUAUAUCCAUUGAGGGUGUAAACACAGCAUAUUUAUAUUUUGGAAUGUGGAAAACAACAUUUGCUUGGCAUACUGAAGAUAUGGAUUUAUAUUCAAUAAAUUAUCUACAUUUUGGAGCCCCCAAAACAUGGUAUUCGAUACCCCCCGAACAUGGACGUCGUUUGGAACGUUUAGCGAAUGGUUUCUUUCCAGCAAGUUAUAACAGUUGCCAAGCAUUUUUAAGACAUAAAAUGACGUUGAUAUCCCCUCAAAUAUUAAAACAGUAUUCUAUACCCUACAAUAAAAUUACCCAAGAGGAACGGGAAAUUAUGAUAACAUUUCCCUAUGGAUAUCAUGCUGGUUUUAAUCAUGGAUUUAAUUGUGCCGAAUCAACAAAUUUUGCAACAGAACGUUGGGUAGAAUAUGGAAAACGUGCUUCACAAUGUACAUGCAGUAAGGAUAUGGUAAAAAUAUCUAUGGAUACAUUUGUAAAACGUUUUCAACCAGAUCGUUAUGAGAAAUGGCUUAUUGGUCAAGAUAUUGGACCACAUCCAGAAGAGCCUAAUAGAAAUGUAGCUGCACCCCUACCUACAGAAAAUGACAUUUUAUGCAACAAAAACAAUUCAGCGUUGCCACAGAGUUUUGUCGAUGGAUCUCAGUCGAAACGACAUCCUAUACAUCAUAAAAAGAAACGUGAUAUGUCAUUUGCAGCAAGAAAUCCAGAUAUUGAUAUCGAUUCAGUGAAAGAAGAUCCAAAUAUUCCAGCCGAAGUUCGUGCUGUAUUAGAUGAAUUACAAUUGGAAGAUGAAGAAGAUGAACCAACACCAGACGAACAACAAUUAGAAGUACUUGAAGAUAUUUGGUUGAAAGCUGGAGAAAUUGAUGUGAACCAAGCAUCAAUUGUAGAUGCCGGAUGCCGUGUUCGUUCUAAGUAUAAGAAACGUAAAUCAAAAGAAGAUAGUGAAUGGCAUCUAAGCCAGCGCAGUCCAAGUAGAGUAAAACCUCGUCGCAAGAAAAAGAAAUUUGGUAAACAGCAAGAACGUAACAUUGAACAAGCAAUACAAGAUGCUAUUGAUAAAGUAAUGAGCAGUACAGUAGACACAGAAUCUGAUGAUGAUUCGGAUGUAGAACUCGUAGAAGAAUCAACAGCAUCGUCAAUAAAUUCAACGCCAAUUAAGUCACCAGAUACCACAAUUACCGAAAUAGACAGUAGUACAAAUGGGACACCAUUAAAAUCACCAACCAAAGGUGAAAAAACACCUGUAAUACAUGUGACCAAAAACUACAAUUAUGUGACAAAUAAACAAAUUGUAACAUCUUCGAAUAAUUCAAAUGUUACUACGACAUCUUCAUCAAGUUCCGCAAAACAUUCUCAUUCAUCUUCAAAUAAAUCACAUCCCAGUGGCAGCACCUCGAGUGCAGGAAAUACAAAUCAACAGAAAUCGGGAUCAUCAGUAAAGCCGCCAAAUUUAUUACAAUCGGCUACAUUGGAUAAGAAGAUUGGUAAUUCAAUAUCACCAACUAAAUUAUCAAUGGGUACAGUCAAUUCAAGUAUGUUGAAUUCGUCAUUAAUGCAAAAUUUAAUUGCAGAAACGACUACUUUCAAAAAUGAUUCAGUAAAUAACAAGCCAAGUUCACCAACCACUGGGAUAACAACCACCGAAGAUACUGUCAGUAAAUUACUUGAAAGUGAAUCAGAACGUAUCGGAUUACAUCGACAUAAACAUAUAAAGAAACACCAUCAUAAAAAGCACAAACAUAAGCAUACAUGUAAACAUCGUAAACAUUCAUCAUCAAAUAAUAAACAUGAACAAUCUUCACCAUUAUCAUCAUCUAAAUAUUUAAAACCUAACAAGAAUUCACCAAAAUCGGUUGGAUCUUCAGCAUCAUCAUCAACUAACACAUUAUCUAAACAUGACAUUGCAACUACAUCGGGAUCAAGUGGAAGUACUACUUCUUCGUCGAUAACACAAAGUAAACCCACAAAAAAUGGAUUAACUUCACCUCCGUCACAAACAAAUGGAACAACAGUAAGCACAAAUAGUGUUAUUUCAUCUUCAUCGCCGACAUCUUUCACGACCGUAACAUCACCAAUAUCAACCACUUCUGUUCUUAAAACAGCUCUAUCUACUCCACCAACGGUAUCUGUUCAAACAAAUAAUAAAUCGACACCUCCUGUAUUAUCACCGGCUAUACCCAACUUAAAAUCAACAAAUAAUAACAUAAUAGCAUCUGGUGAAAAUUUCCGAAAUUCAAUGCUAAAAUAUAAUCAAAAAGCUCAAGCACAAGCAGUGAAACCGCCGAUGAUAACAGUAAAUACAACACGACCAUUUAUGAAUCCCCGAAUGAGAGAACCUGCCUCGUUCCAUGAUGCCUUCGCUAAGUUUUUAACGAGUGAUUUAGAACCAGUACCGCAAUACGUGACUAAAAAGGAUACAAAAAAAGUAACGAAAAAAGAACCACCGAAUAUGAUGUCACAACCACCACAAUUAGAACGACAAACACCAAUGCCACCAAUCUUAACACACCAAGCUACCGCUGCUCCAAUGAUGGUAUCACCACCGCUGUCUUCUACCAUAAAUGGUAAUCACAAAUAUUUACAACAAUAUUAUGAUCCAAAUUUAUACUCGAAUCCAAAUUUAAAUCAAACAAAUAUAAAUCCAACGUCUACACAAAAAUUACAACAUAUACAAACAAUUCGUAAUUAUACAGUAAAUCGUGUGAAUAUACGUGCAAUAGCGAGUGUACAUGAUCGUAUGUAUCCAAUGACAUUACAACCAAUUGAAUUAAGUACAGUAAAACCUUUUGUUAUAACUGAUUAUGUAACAUGUGUACCAUUACAGGUAACAGUGACAACAACAAAUACAAAUAAUUGUACAACAAUAACAAAUUCACAACAAUUAUCACAAUGUUUUGACAAAAAUUUUAUUUGUAAUCAAUUUGUGACAACACCAACAUCAGUAAAUCAUGACCAAGAAAAUUUAAAUCAAAAUAAUUGUAAAGAUGAAAUUAAAACAGAAAUACCUAGUGUACAAAAUAAUAUUAAAUCAGAAGUAUCUAGCGUUCAAAAUGACGUUAAAUCAGAUAUAAGUGUAUAUAAUGAUAUUAAAUCAGAAGAAACUAAUGAAAAACAAGAAACAAAAUCAGAGAUACCUACUGUACAAGGAGAAAUUAAAUUAGAAGUAUCUGAUGAACAAAUGGAUGCUAAAUCAGAAGUACAUACGGCACUAGAAUAUAUUAAAUUAGAAGAACCUAGCAAACAAGAGGAAGUUGAAUCAGAAUUACCUAGUGAACAAGAGGAGUUAAAAAGUGAAAUGAAAUCAGAGGAACCUUUUGAUGCAAAUAAAUCAAGCGUAUUAGUUGAAUCAAAACCAGAAAAAUCUAGUGUACAAGAUGAACCAAAAUCAAGUGUAUCUCAAGAUCAAAAUGAAAAUAAUUCAGAUGAUGAAAAUGAGGAUGGAGAAAAAGACAUAUGGGAAGAAUUCGAUCAACCUGAUGGUACAAAUCCCGAAUUUGAUGUAUAUGUUAAAAAAUAUUUAACAGAAAAUCAACAUUUAAAAGAAUUAUGUGAUAAUUAUAAAUGGACUAAACAUAUAAAAAAACCGUUACCUGCGAAAGAAGUGAAUAAUUUACAAAAUUUCUUUUAUAUAAAUUUCUUCGAAGAUUGGUGUACACGUUUAGAUAAUUUAAGUAUAAAAAACGAAGAUGCAACAAUUUCAGAACAAUUAACAAGUAUUGUUAAUAUUAAAAAUACUGAGUUAAAUUCGUGGAUGGGUUAUGAUGGAUAUUGUAAUAAUCGUCUCGAUAUUAAAAAAAAAGUACAAACUUUGGAUGAAAAUAUCUCCACAUCGGUUCCACCGAUUGAUAUUAAGAGUGAACCAAUAGACCGAGGCUAUGAUAAACAUGAAAUAAAGAAAAAUGAACCGUUAGCAUUUAUAGAUCUUAUUAGUGAUUCGUCAAGCGGUGGUGAGUCAUCUUCGGAUAUAAUUACGAUAGAUGUAAAAGAUGAAGACAGUAAUAGUAGCGUGGAAAUAAUUGAUAUUGAUCCUAUUGAAAUAUCUGAUAUAAAAAUAAAAAAUUCGAUAAUUAAAUUUGAAGAUGGUGAAGACGAUGAUGAUGAUGAUGAUGUAGUGUCCAUGACAUCAUCUUCAUUUUGUAACAUCGUCUCCAGUACAAGCAGUAGUGAUGAAGAUAUUAGUUUAGCACAAUAUUCUAGGCAAAUGAAACGGCGCUUUGAUGAUAUAGAUGAAAUUACAUCAUCUAGUGAUUACUUAAUACAUAAUAAAAAUUUACGUAGUAAACGAGUUAAAAAUAUAAUUGAUUCAGAUUCGGAUUUAGAAACAUUAGCGAGUAAGAAAAUUGGUACAACAAAAAAUAUAGAGAAUUUUCAAAUUUUUAAUAAAUCGAAUUUAAUAAAAAAUGGUACGACUAUUUAUAAAACGAAUUUAAGUAUGAAUGAGACACAAUUAAAAGAUUUAACGAUACGAUUAACGGAUUGCCAAAAAUAUAAAUCCGAUUUACCUAAAACGAAAUUAAUUACAUCCGAAAAAGAAUUACCUGAAGUCACCUCAACGACGCCAAUAAAUUCAUUUGAUGAUGACGAUGAAGAAGAAUCGAAUCUUUCAUCCGAUAAAAAUGAUAAAGAUUUUCGUGUAAAAUCGGCAUCACGAACAUCAACAAUUGUAAAUAAAAAUUUACGAGUAAAGUAUAAUAAUAAAUCGAAUAAUUCAUCGUCAAGUAGUGAUCAGCGUAAACCUAGAAUACGUAUGACAUUACGUAAUGUUAAACAAAAUAAUGGAACAAAUGUCCGAAAAUGUAAGAUAAAUUUACGUCCAAAAUCAUCCAAAAAAUCUACAGUAUCGACAUCCGAAACAUCGUCUCGGAGUAGUAGUAGUAGUAAUGUUGUGCUCGACAAAAAAGUUAAAAAGGAAAAACCAAUGUUAAAGGUUAAUGACCAAAUUUGGGGGAAGCAUAAAAAUGGACGAUAUUAUCAAGCUGUUAUUACGAAAAUUGAAGAUGUAGUAUUUUAUAAAGUUAUUUUUACAUGUGAUGGAAGUUUUUCAGAAGAUGUUUAUCCAAAAGAUAUUGUUAAUAUGGAUUGUAUUAAAAAUGGUCCUCCGAAUCCUGGAACACAUAUAGACGUUAAAUGGACUGAUAAUAAAACAUAUGACGCAAUUUUUAAUGAAAUAAACGAACAAAAAUUGUACCAUGUGAAAUUUGAAGAUGAGAAGGAGCGAGUUCUAAGACGUGAUGUUAUUUAUGGUUUAGAUGAAGAUAUUCCAAACACAAUUAAAAAAAAAUUGUCUGUAGCAACCGAUAUGCGUAAUAGAGAUCAUCUUUAUGAUUUAGAAAAGCCAUUAGCUCGAGUUCGUAACACACGAAAUAAAAAAUCAUGGAAAUACGACGAUUGUAUAUUUUAGCAAAAAAAAGGAAUCACUUGAUACAUAAAUCCACAAAACUAUAUGUAAAUUAUUUAUUACUACUUUCCCGAGCACUAAUAAUCUUAAUAAAAGCUUUGAAAGGGAACAUCACAACAGGCGUUAAAUUUAUUUUAAGAGAUGGUGAAUUUUAUUUAAGAUGAUAUGAAUCCAUAUUCGAUUCACAUAAUUUUUUAAUUUAUUUAAAAAUAUUUUUCCUCUGAUAUUGUAAAUAAUAUUUAAAAAAAUACAAAUU